AUGUCUUCGAAUUGGUGGCACCGCGGUUCUGCCCUCUGCCUGUGGGGCACCGUGUACGUGUACAUGUACACGGUGAUUCUGGCCGCUGGUGCCGCCGUCACGGAUGAAGGGAGCACGGAGGUGCCGGCGGUUGAAGAGGGCGCAGGUGAGGGAUCAGAAGACGGGGGAGUUACGAUGAUCACCGAGCUGCCUGCAGCUCACAACUGGACUGCCAAGCCCAGACCUUCAGGUCGCUGGUUGGAUGUCACCGUGGCAGCGCAUCUUGAAAGCUUUGGGUCGGUGUCGGAGAAAACUAUGGAUUUCAAAGUAGAGCUGUUGCUCAUACAAGAAUGGAAAGACGACCGUCUGCAUGAGAUCCUGACCGGUAAGAACUGGCUGUCCCUGUCUCCUGAUGUCACCCUCUGGUCCCCUCACGUCGACUUCUCCAAUGCCAAGAACGUCCAGGUCUUUACCUACGAGAAGGAAUCCCACCAGGCCGCUAACACUUGGAUAUCACCGCUGGGACUCGUCAACCAUCAACUCAAGUACAGCGUUACUGUGAAGUGUCUGAUGGACCUGCGGAGAUACCCCCUGGACACGCAGACCUGCACCAUAGUCCUGGAUGGGUUUGAGGGAAUCCGCCUGUCCUGGGGCUACCCCGGGAUCUGGAGAAACAGAGAGGCACCUCUGACGUCAGACAUCACAUCCCUCCACUCACAGUUCCAGCUCAGCCGAGUCGACAUGAAGUCCUACGUGACAUCCUUCAUUCCUUACUCAAAAGGGAAAGGGUGCACGUACUCCACCAUGUCGUGUGACUACUCCGCGGCGGAAACAUGUUUCUCCAGCCGGCUGAGGUCCUGUCUCAUACGGACGGACAACCCCGAGUGCGAGUUCUGUACCGGGUUUUCCGGAGACUGCUCCCAACAAAGGCAAAACUGCAGUCUGGUGGACAAAGCUGACAGAUUCACCUACACAGCCCUGGAGAUCCAGCUGCUGCUACACCGCCGGCUGUCCUACCACCUGCUGCAGAUGUACAUCCCUUCAGGUGCCAUCGUCGUCAUGUCCUGGGUCUCCUUCUGGAUCGACGAGGGCUCGGUACCGGCUCGAGUCGGCCUGGGGAUCACCACCGUGCUGACCAUGACGUCCCAGAGCACCCGCACGGCGCCUAUGCCGCAAGUGUCGUACGCCCGCGCCGUGGACGUCUGGCUGGUGGCGUGCGAGCUGUUCACGUGCGCCGUGCUCCUGGAGUUCGCCUUUGUGGACUUCAUGCGGAGGCAAGAAAUGAAACGCGGUGCGAGAAUACGUGAUCUGGAGGUAAUCAUCAUCUGUGGUGACCGUGUGACAUUGGAACAGUACCACUUUUAG